CAAAGGCAGAGAACGUGAGAAAUUCCAGAAACUGCACGGCAUCCAUCCAUACGUCCCGUGUGACUGAAGCUAAAUCAGAUUAAGGAUGCUGGGCUGUGGAUGUGUGCUGCUCUCUGGUCUGAUGACACUGACCUUGUUCCACUGCAGUACUGAAAGCCUUCAUGUACCCCAGGAAAGGCCAGUGUAUGUGGAAUCAACGGUCAUGGAGAGCCGUGGUAUCCAGCGAAGCCCAGUCGAGCAGAAGACUUCAGGAGCAGUGAAGGCUAAACUUCUCCUGCUUGACCAGCUGGUCCGACUAGAGAACGAUGUCAUUGAGACCAAGAGGAAACGAAGCUUCCCCGGAUCCAACACGCCACUUGACCGCCUGUCAAUCAGCACCAUGGACCCCAAGAGCAACAAGCAGAGGAAGGUGGUUGAGUUGCCACGGCGACGAGUCAGCGUUCCAAUUGACCGGAUUGGGGUGGGCCGUCUUCCCAAUAGCCGAGGAUAAACUCUGCUUCAGACCAUGCCCCAACAAACAGAGGGGGAUUUUGCAGGUAGAAGAUAUGCAUGAUAAAGCACACCAGCCCUUACAAAUCACUAACCAUUGAACAAACUCUAUGUUCACCGCACACUUACAACCCUCGCUGCUCAGAGCUUUUUUCUCUCUAUUGAUUACUGAUUUAAACUUUCAACCUUUGACCAAACUGUGUUUAUUUUGAAUCCUGACCUAUAUGUAAUUUUGUCAACAAAAAAAAAAACUAUCCGUUUCACACCCUUGAUGCUGUUAUCAGAGGCAUUUGCCAAUCAGAGAGUAAUCUGCUCCUGGCUUCCAUUGCACAACUCAUUAUUUACUCAAGUGCCUCAGCUGCUGCUCCACUUUUGCUUGCUGUAAUAUAUAAAUUUUUUGUUUUCUCACAUUGACUGGAGGCUAAAUAUGCGAGUUCAGCCUUGACAAUAAAAUAG